AUGAGCAAGGGGAGACUUCAACAGGUGGAUAUACCACUCGAGGAAGAAGUCAACAAACACGAAGAGGAUUUCAGUGAUUUCAAGACAAAGCUUCUUGGAAUACAGGUUCUAGAGGAAGAGGUGGUAGAAACACCAUCAGAGAAGGUCGAGGAUAACAACACUGAAUGUCAAAAGAAAGCUCCAUUAGAGAUACGUGAGCAAGUCAACUAUACAGAAAAUGAUGCCAAUAGUAGAGGACUGGCUACAUUAUUUGUCCAACAAGGACAUGGUGAGAAUCAAGGGAAUAUUUGGUAUCUUGAUUCUAGAGCCAGCAAUCAUAUGUGUGGCCAACAAGAUCUAUUUGGUGAUCUAGAUGAGGCCAUACAAGGUCUAGUCACUUUUAGAGAUACCUCAAAAGUUCCAUUCAAAGUUAAAGGCAAUAUCCCAAUCAAGUUGAAGAAUGGCGAUCAUAGCUACAUCGCUGAUGUCUACUAUGUCCCAGCCAUAAAGCAGAACUUGGUGAGCAUAGGUUAA